UGGCCAGUCGGUGUCGGUGCUCGGACCGGUCAGCGGGCGUGCCGCCGGCCCGGGCGUGCUCGGACGUGCCCGCGGCGUGCUCGAGAGACGUGUCAGUGACGUGACGUUCCCGAGGUGUCAACCGGUGACAGUGGAUCAGUGACCACACAGCAGUGACCCGGUGACAAGUGACGGCAGCUGCGCGGGCAGCACUCGCCGCCGUCGGCACAGACAUGAAGGCCACCGCCUAUUGGGACCAGGGCUCGAUGUCGUUCGAGGUCAGCUCGUCGGUGGAGCGCCGGCGAAAGGCGUCUGCCCAGGACGAGCUCAGCCCUCUCGGAGGUCGCCACUGGAGCGGCGGCGGUGACACGGACCCGGAACGACCCGCCAGCAGCGAGGACUCGGACUGGGAGCGGCCCAGGAGGGCGCCGAGCGCCGGCCGCUGCCGGGACAGCAGUCCAGAGAGCCCGCCGCCGCCGUCGGGCGCCCGCCAGCCGCCCGACGGACACGAGUUCCCGCCCGACUUUGCCGAGCGGCGGCCGAGCAGUGCGACUCCGUCCACGACGCCGGCGCUGCUGCGGCCGCCGUCCCGGUACAGCGAUAGAGGCACCUCGCCGACGGCUGAGAAGGCCGACAGCCCGUCGGUCGCGGAGAACAGUCGGGGACUGAGCACUGCCACCCGCGGCAGGAACCACCGGUCGGGCUCGCUCGGAGGGGCCACCACCAGGAUUGGUGAGAGCGAGCCGAGUUCGAGUUUGCUCAGGCGGGCGACGGCCCGGGAACGGCAGAGUAUGGACGACCUGCAGAGGACAGGAGGACGCUCCGUGCUCGGUGGAAGGAGUCCUCGCGGUCAGACGAGCGUCAAAGACAAAAUUGCGCUCUUUUCGAGUCAGUCUGUGGAGCAGCUGUCCCAGCCACAUCCGAAGCUUCUCAAACACAAAAGUUUGGAAAACGACUUGCCAACGCGUGGUCCUCUUCGUUCUCAGGCGCGAUCGAAGUCAGACCUCAAACUGUCCGAGACAGAGUCUGCGAGAAGCCGACCUGGGGACGUGCUGGCGAGGAGGAAGCGAAUCGCGGAGGGACGCGGACCCCGUUUUGGCAGCAUGCUCAACAUGCACCUCGGUGAACGAAGAGACAGCGACAGUCGAGUACCUAGUGGAGACACCAAAUCCGGUGAACGAUUUAAGCCAAACGAUGAGAACCCAGUGACUCCCCAGCGCAGCCGGCCUCCGCUGGGCCAGAGACCUCUGCGGGGAGCCUCCGAGUGCGGCACCCUGAGUUCGCUGCACUCGGACUCUGUAACUAGCCUCUCAGAGCGACCCAGUCGGUACCGAGAGGUGUCCCCCGGACCCCUCUCCGAGCGCUCACAGAGCCUGCUCGACCUGGGACAGCCGGAGAAGAGGCAUAGCUUCGCCGGCCUGCAGGAGAGGGAGUUCAGCUACUCUGGCAACUCCGGCAGCCUCACGAGAAAGGUGUCUCUGAACUCGAUCACAGAAGAGCGGAAGCGGAGUCUGUCUCGGCUUCGUGGGCUAGUCAUCCCGGACAAGGUGGAUGGCUUGGCGAAGAAGGGCCCGGUCGACCUACCGACGAUCAAGAGUAAGGCGCUCUCAUCACUCAGUUCGUCUAGCUUCCGCGUCUCGGGCACUGCAUCUGCUGCGGUAUCACCAAGACCGACGGCGACCCCGAGAUCGGAGAAAGUCGAUCAUCAGCUCUCCUCUCCGCCCUGGAAGUCAGAGUCUCCAAACAUGCAGAAAUACUCGCCAGCUUUCAAACGGAAGAACAUCUCGGUGCUUUCGUCGUCUGGUUCCUCGGGUUCGGCGUUCCAUUUGGUGUCGACGUCCUCGCAGCUGGGUGGGUCCUCGGUCGAACUGUCGCGCCCCUCUCGUCGGGACCUGGCUCGGACCUCUCCGCUCCCUCGCGACCCGCGCUCCGCCGACCGGCGCAGUGAACCGCGCACCACACGGCCGCGCCUGGCAGACAGCUCCGAGCCACUACAGCGCAGCAGCUCGCUCAACUCCCGGCCGCUGAGCGCCCUCGGACAGCUGCGCCGGAAGAUCUCCGACGACGACGCGGCGGAUCUGCGCAGUCGUCUGGAGCCGGCCGACUCUGACUGCGGCGGGUCCACGCUGACGCUGGUCAACGAGCCGGCGGACAGCGAGGAGCCGGAGCUGGCCGGACGCGGCCGCGCCGGCAGCCUCGAGUUCGACCACCGCGCCAGCACGUCCACGCUGCACGGCUCGCCCGUCAAGGAGCUGGAUGUGGAGGAGGAGCUGCUGCGCGCCGCAGAGAGGUUCCACAGCCGCGCCGGCGACGCGGAGCAGCAGGCGCGGCUGUCGGCCGCCGCCGGCUCACCGUCGCCGCCCCGACUGCUCGACGACGACGCCUGGAGGAAGUUUGCCGGGGAACGGCGGCCGAGCGCUCCGCCGCCCGGCUGUGAGACCCGCGACCUGGCCAAGCUCCGACAGGUGACAAAGGUGACGUCACUGAAGCAGAAGUGGCAGCAGCUCAACGCCGACAGUUCUGGAGCGGAGACGACUUCGCCGAGGACGGCAUCAACUCGAUCAGAAAAUGUAGCAGAGUCACCUGCUUCCUCUAGUGUGCGGUCCCCUCCGUCUUCAAUCUCUCCUUUGUCUUCGUCACUCAACAUUCCAUCCUCUGUUGACACCAGCGAUGCCACUGGCGUCAGUAGCUCUUCUGUUGAUGUCACCGACUCUCCAGCCGACGUCACCACCAGCUCUCUGAACGACAUCACUGAUUCCCCGUUGGACGUCACCGACGCCCCAGCUGACGUGUCCUCUCCGGCUCUGGACAGCGAGUGGCCCUCCCUACAGGACCGCUCUGGGCUGGACCGCAAGCUGAGUACGCCCAGCUACAGUUCGCCGGAUCUGCAGCUCCGUGAAAAGAAAGACUCUGUGCCCUCUCGUCCACACAGCUGGAUGGAGAGCGAGCGGGAGCUGGGCGGCUACCUGCGCUCACCGAGCGUGGCUUCCAGCCAGGAGAACAUCAUGGACUCGCUGGAGAGCGCCAAGUCGCCCAGUGGCUCGACCAGCAGCCUCCUGGAGAUGCUGACCGCUAACCUGAAGAGCACGGCCCGCUCGCGGCACGCGCUCAGUGUCAGUGACCUGCGGCGCGCGUUCGAGCGCUGGGACGGCCGGCCGCACUCUGGCAACUCGGGUCACACACGCAUGUCGUCCUUGGACUCGAGCGCCAGCGAGGACGGCCACCUGACCGGCGGCGGUUCCACCGCGUCGCCGACCACGGCCAGGGAUCACUACGGCAGCAUCACGUCGCUGGCCUCGUCCACCAGCCUCAUCUCGCCUCAUGAGCUUCAGCAGCUGAUUGACGAGGCCAACCAGUCGCUGGAGGAGUCCGGCACGCCUUCUCACGAGAUCAUCGUGGCCGUUAUCCACCGGGAGAUGAUGGGCGGCAGCAUCGGCGUCACGCUGGCAGGAGGCGCCGACUACGAGAACAAGGAGAUAUCGGUGAACAAGGUGAUCACCGGCUCGGUGGCUGACCGCGACGGCCGGAUCAAGAAGGGAGACCGCGUCAUCUCCAUCAACGGCAGGUCGUCCAAGGGCAUGUCCCACCGCGAAGCUCUCAACACGCUCAAGGCGCCGCGCGCAGAGGUCGUCCUGGUGCUGUCCAGGUCACGCUCGGUGACACCGCACGACCCCAACUCGGAGGACCAGCGGCCCUCCAUCAGCACCAUGUACAGCCGGCCACCAAAGAUCCUCGAGAGCCCCAUGGACAGCAAGAGCCUGGCCUCCGAGCUGGCGCAGGAAGACGAGUUCCGGGGUCCCCCGGUGACCAUUUCGCUGAAGAAGGAGGGCGCCGGUCUCGGCUUCAGCCUUCAGGGCGGCAAGGACUCGCCUCUGGGAGACCGGCCACUCGUGGCCAAAAAGAUAUUCACAGGCGGAGCUGCCGACAAGAGUGGCCUUCUGCACGUGCGAGACCAGAUCCUGGCGAUCAACGACCAGGACAUCACGCACAUGGCGCGCAUCGAGGCCUGGAACCUGCUGAAGAAGCAGCCGGACGGCCUGGUGCGCCUCACCAUCCGCAAGUGGCUGCCGAACGGGCCCGGCUCCGGGGCAGACGCCGCCACCCAGCCCCCCGCGGCGCCGGCGGCUGACGUUCCCACCUCUCCAGAGUCGGCGCAGGAAGCCCGGCCAGCGCCGGCGGCCGGCGUGGCCCGGCCCACGGCCCUACCGGCGGCCGGCCGCGCCGACACGCGACCCGUCAUAGCCGGGGUGACACCGAAGGCGGCGCCGCUGGGGACGCCCGCCGUGGUCCUGCCACAGGCCUAGCGCCACCUGUGAUCGCGGAGCGACCGCCCGCGCUCCAACCGUGAUCGAUUGUGACCUACCCGGAACGUGAAACUUGGUAACCCAAUGAUGUUUGUGUCACGGGCCAUCUUUAUCACACUGGGUCCGUGAGUCGGGCCGUAAUACCGUGCCGACCUUUCCCCCAGCUUGUGUCCGUCCGUGCUCUGAUCGAGACAGAACCGUGAUUGUAAACGCUCAGACGAGUCUCGUCCGUCUUCCUAGCCGUGAGUUCCGUGAGUUGGACUCAGUGAGUUGGUUCCCGUUUCCCGGAGCCGCAGCUCAUGUUUCGUGCAAUGAGUGUGCUGAUGUUAGCGAGUGCCGUGUAAUGUGUAAUGUAUGUGUGCCUGUGUCACGUGCGAGGAGCACGCUUCUACCCCACUGAUAAUUUAUACUAAUACAGCGUUUGUAAUGUAAUACACUUUGACCAGUA